AUGCCUUUGCAACGCAAUAAAGCUUCUCCAGAGAUGAAAUCUCUUAUUGUUACACUCAAAUCUCCCUUUGUAGGGAAAUCUACUGCUGAGAUUCAUGAAGCAACUGGAAUUUCAGUCAAUCAAAUCAACAAGAUCUAUCAUACUGCCAUUCAACUGGGAUUCAAUCCUGAGCAGCGCCCUCUAGAAAUCAAGACUGAGCAUGUUGCUGAUGCUCGUCGCAGCAGGUGGCCUACUAUACAGAUACCGGAGCUUAGCAAGGAGCUGAUUUCAAAGAUUUAG